GCGCGGCUGGCGGGGGCCGGGCCAGGAUCCGGGGAGGCGGCGGCUGGGAGCCAUGAAGGGUUCGGCGGGCCCUGCGCCCGGCCUCGCCGCCGCCGCCGCGCUGCUGGAGGAGGCCGCGGACCUGCUCGUGGUGCACGUGGACUUUGCGGCCGCUCUGGACGCCUGCGAGCGCGGCUGCGACCUCCUGGCCGGCCGCCCCCGCCCCGGCUCAGAAGAAGUGAAAUGUUCCCUGUGCAUUGUGGGGAUCCAGGCCCUGUCAGAGAUGAACCGGUGGAGAGAAGUGCUUUCUUGGGUCCUGCGGUAUUACCACACCCCUGAACAUCUGCCUCCAAAAGUCUUGGAGCUGUGUAUCCUUUUAUAUAGCAGAGUGAGGGAGCCCCAUGUGAUGUUGGAAGUUGGCAGUGACUGGUUAAGGGAUCUAACCAACAAAAGCCUUUCUUCAUAUGGCACUGUGAUGGAGCUCUAUCUAUUGCAUGUGCUGCUGCCUCUUGGACAGUUUGCAGAAGCAGAGGAACUGGCACAGAGCUGUGAAGUUUUUGACAAAGAGCAACAGCUCUUGACUCUCAGUACCAUUCAUGAGAGGAGGCAUCAGUGGGUACAACAUGAAGAGAUGCAGUCAACUCCCAGAGAGCAGCCUGUCACAGUGAGGCAGAGGACAUUGGGCUCUCUACCUGAAAAGUUCUUGACCAUGCUGAAACUUCUACAUAGAGUACUGAGGUUCAUGUCAAGCCACUUCUGUUUUAUCUCUUACAAAAAGAUGCUAUUGGCUGCUUUUAUGCUAUACCUUGUUGUGGUGAGACUCGACCCAGCUGCUCCCACAUCCCUGCCCUUCCUUUACAAGCUGGUCCAGCUUUUCCAUCAGGCCUGGGCAGCUGUGUUUUCUCCACCCCACAAGCCUCGAGUUCAAGACUAAGUGGUUUUCUCGUUUGAAGCGAGUCUUUUUGCCUCCUUUAAUAUGCAAGUGACAGCUUGUCAUAAGGAUUGUAUCAGGUUCUUCCCUGAGACCAGUGUACUUGUUAAAAUGACCCCAUAUGGGAUUCAGCGCAAAUAAUUUUUCUCUCUUCAAAGUAGGGACCUGGUUCAGUUCUGUGGAUGUUAAAACGUCUUUAGUUACUGGUCUCCCUUGUCAAGCUCUGGGGCAUAGUUCUCUAUAUGGAGAAGUGGGCAUAAAGGGUUUUAGCUCCUCCUGUCAUAAUCUAAACCUUCCUUAGAUGACUGUUAAAAUUAUUUGAUUUUGAUUAGCUCUGAAAUGAGAGUUGUGUGGCCAACUACAAUGACAGCCAUUUUGGGAGGAUGUGCCAUCUUUGCAGUUGCUUUUGAGAUUGUCUGAGUAGUGGGAGUGGAAUUCCAGAGGGCACACAUGUGAAAGAUGUCACAGUACUGGGUCUGUACUGAAUAGUGGGAGCCAAACAGCUAUCUUGCCUGGGGACCCUUUCAGAACCCAGUUUUUGCAGCAUUAAGAUGUAGGCCACUUCUGCAAAACAUGAUGAAACACUGGGGCCUGAAAACAAGAGUCCAUCAUUUACGGGGACCAGAGUUUUCUCUUGUGAUUCUGACGCUUAGCACAGGCAUUCUGGAUUUAACAAUCACAUUUAAGUAGUUAUAUCAAGGUGAUGGGUCACCCAGGUCAUUCUCUCCCUUGUCCAGGAACACUGGGCACAGCAUAAGACAUUAGAAAAUUUCCUGCCUAUUAGCUAAUUGUCAAUAAUAAUGCUCAGGAUUGGAUGAACAAUGUAUGUGGUUGGUGAGAGGCAACCACGCUGUACUUGUUUUUAUUAAAAUGCUCUAUAUUUAUUAUUGUCUUAUCUGUUGGGAAAUAGGAACUUGCUAAAUUGCUUAAGUCCCCCCCCCCCCCCCUUCACUGCAUUUCUUUCUUAAGUGUCUGUCUUCUGGAAUGGUAUUUACUCAGACCGUCCAACAAAUAUUUCAAACCCUAGCCUGGCUAGGAGUAACCAUCCAGUAGCAAUAUUGUACUCUGUUCACAAUUAAAUUAAUAGACAACAGAAUACAGCUUCUUCUCCCCCUCCAACCCAUGCUUUCCCAAUGCUGUAACAAAUAGUUUGCAGUCUUUGCACACUGUUCUGAUAAUCAGCAGAUUAACACUACUUCACGGGGGGGCAAGCAAACAGGAGUCAAAGGGUCCUCAUGGAGAACACUGCCAGUAGUUCCCUUAUGUCUUCUGAGAGGGCUGUAGAUCAGGUGUCUUAGCUGACUGCUGCUGCUAACAUUACAUAAUGGAAAAGAAAUUUUGAGGCAGAUUCCAGUCCACUCUCCAAACUCCACUCCCUACUGGAAAAUCACUGCAGAAUCUGGCACAGUGUCCUGCGACCACAGUCCCCUCUGUACAUUGUGCAUUUCUGUCUGCCUCUUACAAUGUCCAUGUCAGGUAGUAACUAUUUCUAGUCUCUCAAAAUGGCAGUGGCACAGAGCUGCAUGCUUUGUUAGGUAUCCCAACCCUGUUGAGUCUGAACCUUCACUGCUAAAGAAAGGUGAAGGUAUGCAUGUCUGUUUUUAUCAUAAGAUAAAAUCAUACAGGAAAUGAGGCAUAACAGUGUUACUGUGAUGUAAACUAGGCAAGGUCAUUUAAGGACCGGUGGAGGGGGGGGAAGAGGAGAAGUGGGGAAUAUAGUCUUGACCUCAUCAACCUGGCAGUAAAAACUACAGUUCUUGUUUUCCGGGGAGGCCGCAGUCCUUCUGGCUGGGCCAGUUCCUGCUGAGUCUUGUGGUCUGGUGAUGCAGCUGGGAACCAUGUUGUGCAGGAGCAGCUGGUGGGCUGGGGAUGGGAGAAGCAGUGGCAGCGGGCAAGAAAGUAGGGAAAUGGUGGCAGCAGGCAAGGGGGUGAGUGGCAGUGAGUGGGUGGACAGGCAUGAGUGCAGUGACAGCUGGGCGGAAGUGUGGGGCCUGCACCAGUGCCCCAGGGCCAGUGGGGACCCAGAGCAGGGCAGCAACCAACCCCCAUGUCCCCCACCCCCCACAGUAUACAAGAGUAAGACUUCAUUUUAAGCUAUCAUGCAGUCACCUCUGUACACUACACAAAUGCAUGCAUAUCAGGACAAAACAUUUUUUGAAAUCAAAUUAAUGAAUGUUAUAGUAUAUGUUUGAUUUUUAGACUAUAAUUUGGUAGUUUUCUGGUUCUGAGAUGGCAAACCCCCUUGCCGAAAGGAGUACUUAUGGGGGCAAGGUGAGGGAUUUCUGGUGGCAAAGGUCGGGGGUUAGGGGGUGGGACUUCUGGUCCCAAGAUGGUGACCAGGGGGCGGGGACCUGUCAAGGGGCAGAGCAACCCAUGUGGCCCUCGACAGCUUGCCAGACCUCUGUAAGCAGCCCUCCAGCUGAAAUAAUUGCCUGCCCCUGCUCUAUCUUUUGGUGCUCGAUCUUUAACAAGGCAGAUGUUUUAAAGAAAUAUUUACAUUUAGUGUGUUGACAUUUUUAGAAUUUUCUAAUCAUUCUUUGGGAAAUAUUUCUGUUUGAGUGCAUACUGCAGCCCUGAUGGUGCAGACACAUGUAACUUAAGUAAGGGAGUUGAGCAAAUUUAAUCAGUUUAUUAGUUCCACUGAACUCAAGUGCAUAGUGUUUGCAGAGUCAAGGUCUAUAUUUUCAUGGAAUAGGUUGAUGGGUUCAUCAAUAAUUGCUUGGAGCAUCUACCUUAACUUUUGAUUAAAAAUUAAAUAUGUUGCAUCAUUACUUGAAAACCGUUGUUUUUUGUCUUUCUGUUUAAGACUUCAAAAUUGGCAGAAAUGGCAGAAAUUUACAACCAAAAAUAAAGUAUUUGAUUCUUC